UGGGAACAGGACGUUACUUACUACAUUUGAAGGCAGCACAGCGUCCGCUACCUUUGCAGUGCAACGGGUCAUUUUAAAAGAAACAGAAACUGAAAGCAGUCCCACCGCCUGGUUGCAUCAUCUGCAGUCUAGUGCCAAACCUCCUGCACUCUAAAAGCUGUAAGACCGCCCGAGCGCUGCAUUCAGGGUAAUACAUUUACAGACUCAACAAGUUACCAAGCAACAACGUGACUUUCGUUUGCAUUGCCCACAGAGGACCGUGCAUUUCUGUUUUUCCACAUCUCAAGUCAUUCACAUUUCGCUCUUAAGCUGCAGAGAGGCGCGCUGGUGUUGCGCCAACUUCUGGAUUUUGAAUGGCAUCCCUUCCUCCCUGAGGACACGCUUCACGGAUGAUGAUCCAUGCUGAGUGAAGGUCAGUCGGCAAGCCCAGUCUCCUGUUUUGGACGAAAUGUCCCCGAUACUCAUGGACACCCAGUACGACAGCAACAGCCCAAGCUCCAUGUCAGCUGAGGACCACAGCAACAACGCUGGAUCGGAAAGAGAAGGAGAGGUACAACAGGAGGGACCUGGAGGGGUAAGACGACAAAAGAAGAACAGAGACGCUGCGCGGAAGAGCCGCAAGAAGCAAACAGAGAGAGCGGACGAACUUCAUGAGGAGCUGCAGAGUCUGGAGCGGUCAAAUUCAGCCCUUAAGAAGGAGAUCGCCUCGUUGAAGAAAGACUUCAACCUCUACACGACGGCUCUGGAGCGCCACGUGCCUGUCUGCGCCCUCAGAGCCUCAGCAUCCAGCUCAACAACCUGCCUCUCAGUUUCCCCUUCAGCCGACUGUCGGACCGGCCCCAGCCCUCUUCAGGCCUCGCGCUUCACUCAAGCUGCUGGCCCCUCGCUCUCUACCUCCUCGACCUCCAGCCUCGGUCUCCAAACCCUCAACACUGUAGAAAGCUCUCAUCUCUCAUCUUCAACUCCUGCUCCAACAGCUCCAUCGUUAGUCUCAUCCGCUCAGCGCUUCACUCCCUCCAGCUCUAUACCUGGUUCUUAUCCUAUGCCUUUCCCUACAGUCCCGCCUCCUCACUCUUUGUUUAGAGAAGCUCCUCCAUCCCUAACCGCUUCAGGGAUGACAAAACGUAUUAGACUUAUUUCAAGCAAAGAACCCCCCAGCUCUCUCGCCACACCUGCCCAGCCCAAAUCUGGGCAAGGCGCACACCUUGACAGUUCUCUAGAUUCAGGAAAUGCUUGUUUCUCUCCACGUCCUCCUUGUGCGCUCGAUGCCUUCCCGAAUGUAGGGCCCCUAUACUCCACUUUGGCGUCAGGAAACACGGGUCAAGCAGCCCAAGCUUGGCUGAUGAAUAUGUCACAGCUUCACCCAGGAAGCUUCAAAGGAAAUCCAGCGGCUCCACCGUCAACUCUUCAAGGUUCUGCUCCUCAGCCGCUCUCAGUUUCCCCUCAGGCCAACCCGGAGCCGUCUCCAGACUCUGCUAAUGCCGCGCAUAAUUCUACGCCCCUGCUUUCCCUGCUCACAGUCCCAUGUCCACUUAAUGUCUCUCAGAUGACAUCCAGCAGCUUUGAAGGGCCGCUCUCUCUUCCCCAACUCCAACUUCAAAAUUCAGGGGAUUGCUCCUUAGAUUUGGCCCUUUCUGAGCUCCUGGACUUCGAUGAUUGGUUCAUAUAGCAAGGCAGACCCAAUCCCCACUGCCAGAGGUGAUAUUUAAAUGUAAUAUUUCUGUAUUUUACAAUCAAAUCAAAUUAGUAAUCAUACUCUGAAGUUAUUUUCAACCAAAUUGGUACAAAGUCAAUGCUGAUGACUGAGAGUUCUUUUUUUUUUCUUCUAAAAUAACCACAGCACGGCUUAUUAUAGUGACAACACUGCACUUAGCAGCUCCAUCAACAACUCUAAUAUUCAAGGUUUUACGAGUUUAAGAAGACACAUUUUCCCAUUUUACAUUUGUGCAUCAAAACAAAAAUGAACAAAUGUGUUUUGGCAGUUGCUCAUAUCACCCCCUUUCCUUUUUGAAGGGAUGAUUUCACGAUUUUGCAUUGCGUAAUGGUGCAUUUGAAACUCAUAUUCAAGUACCGGAGUCAGUUUUCUCGUCCUAAAGCUGCUAAAAUGUCCAACUUUGCAAUAAAAGGCCAAAGUCAGUUCAAAAUAUUAUCUACUUGUUGACAAGCCCCUGGAAAUGAAAUGUGAACCUUAGAUCCAGCAGCAUACAAAGCUUUUCUGUUCUGAAAAUCUCAGAGGUAGGCAUUCUUCUUCUUCUUUGUCCACAGAUGAUGCACUGACAACUGACACAACACUUUUAAGUCAGGGCGGGGUACUCACUUCCCUGCAACUUCGAAGAAAUGUCCUUGGGACACACGACCAUCUGGGCUCCACCUGAGUAGUGGUAUGAGUUUUUGAAUGAGUGGUUAACGACCUGCCCAUUGCAACACAUCACAGGCAUUACUACUGCGCUUUUAUUCCUCUGUAUUUUUAUUUUUAUUUUUACCUCGAUUGUAUUGCACAAUCAAAAAUUCUCUUCUCAAACAUUUCACUGCUACUGAAAAUGUAUUUAUGUUCUCCAAUAUUUGAAUCAAGACAAACAAUCAGUCAACUUGCUGAUGAACUUUUCAAGCACAAUUUUUCUUAUUUUCUUUUCCUAUGAUAAAAUAUAUACAGCUCCUUCCUCUUCUCUUGAAAUAACAGAAUUGUAUUAUUUAAACUUAUUCUAAUUAUCCUAAUAAUAAUAAUAAUUAGAAUGGGUGUUUUAAUAAGAGUCUACUAUACUCACCUGCAAGAAUGACUUCACAACAAGACAAAGGUGAUGACUACGUAGGGAUUAAAAGCCUGACACACCACGAGGUGCCCAGAUCAAAUGUGUCAGGUGGUAUUAUCCAAAUACUCUGGGUUAUCUGUAUUAAAUAUAUGCUUUAUAUUUUUGGUGGCCAAGUAUAUUCCUCAAUAAAAUCGUGCUUAAAGGUCGGUUGAAGAUUUAUUUUGAAAUGCAUUCUUUUUAAAUAUCUGUUGAAACUCGCUGCUCGUCUUGACAGAAAUCCACACAUGAACGGCUCUGACAAAAAAAAAAACUGGUUGAAAACUGCCAAAAUGGAGCUUACUCUUGCCUAUCAAAGCUUUAAUUAAAUAUGAAAAAAAGAGAGUGUUAAUCACCCCAGGGGCGCCUAGUCGUUCAAUCCUUCACGCACAAAGCAUUUGACAACUUUCAUUUGCAGUCGACGUAAGACCAAAAAACAGAGAAAUGUGUGUAUUAGAUCAGAUAGUUUUGCAACGGUUUGUAUUUUUAAAAACGUGUGCCUUCCAACCGUCUGUCCUAAAGAAGUGCAUUUCACAUUCUAUAAGCCCGCACAGAUCCUUGAGAGAGAAAAGAUGAGAUGAUGGUGUCUUAAGGAACACUUGAGUACGGAGCAUGAACGGGAAUUUUUGUAUCGGUGUAACUGCUGUAUGUAAAUGUGUAAGUUAAUGAAUAAGUAGCUAAUUAAAUCAUUACCAAUGGAGAGAUUUAAAAAAGUAGCUUCUUCACUUUGUAUUUGAAUUUCAGUUUUGUGUUUUCUGAGGAUUUUCUUGUGUUGAUUGUUCUGCUUUUUGUACACUAUAUGUGUCGAU